UUCCGGUGCCUCCUGGAUCGGCGCCGCCCGGUGGGCCCAGGAGCCGCGGCCGAGUCCCAACUCACCCAGUUCCCUGGACCCCGGCGGCGCCGCGUCUUUCCUCCCUUGCCCUCGGGGCACAGAGGACGCAGCUUCGCCCAAAAAAACCGCCGCCCGAGGGCCUGCCGCGCCUGCCAGGCGCUGCCUCCCUCCCACCGCUGGGCCUCGGCGGCGGGUGCUCGGGGGUCGGGUGGGCCAGGCCUGGGCCUCAGACGGACCCCCACGCCGCGGAAGGGUCUGACCUGGGAAGGCGGAGGGGGCGACCUAGCGUGCAGGCAGCCGCUGAGAUGAGCUCAUCUUGCUGGCCCAGCGGCCUAGCUAAGCCGCUUUGGGGACGAGGUGAGGUGACUGAGAUGUCCAGGGAUCAUGCUCUGCGCCCAGCAGGAGAAGAUCGUCCUGGCGCAGUUGGGGGACGGAGCCUGGUCCUACAAACGGGAGCUGUUGUUGAGGCUCUGCAAACAGCCAGGCUGGGCACCCUGCAUAACUGGUUUGGGGAAGGGGCUACUCAUCAGGGGAAGAGGCCUGGCCAUGUCAGCCUCCGCACCCGCUAGCCUCCCUUCCCAAGUGAAGCCCCAGUGGCUUCUCAUAUUGACCCUUUAAGUCAGUUCUGAUGGGUGCCCAGGCUAGCUCCUGAGCACCCACUGUGUGCAGUCUAAUAUAACUAUAACGGUGUUCAGGCCAUAUUCUGUGGGGCUGCACUCUGGGCUUGCUGCAUUUUAGGAAGGUUAUGACCAUCUGGCAGAUAACAGAAAGAGGUUCAGAGAGAUUUGUAACAUUUUCAAGGUCACACUGCUGGUUUAGGGAGAAGAGGAUUGAGAUUGAAAGCCUUACUCCCGUACCAUCCACUUCUAUAGUGUUGACAGUGGCAGGGAUGGUGGUGAGGACGUGCAAUAAUUGAAACUAAGGUACGGUAUACUCCAGCAGGACAAAGACGACUGGCACAGCUCCCUUUUCCACCUCUGCCCUUUCUGGGUCCUGGGAGCAGCAGCUGGGGAGGAGCAGAAUGAGCCGUUCCAGGGACCAGGGCUUGGGUGGGAGUGCGGGCGGAUGCCAGGCUGAGUUCUGCCUGCGUGGAAAAGACUGCGAGGAGGGUGCGGGUGAGUCACCGCUGUCCCGCUCCUUCGCCACCGCUCAGACUCGAGCCCAAGCCAGGCCGACCGUGCGGCGGGACAGGGAAUGUGACCAGCUGACCAGGGAGGAGGCCGACAGGAAGUGAGGCCACCCGGCUGCCUCCGCCCGGUUCCGGGGUGGGGGGUCCCAGGCCGCGCAGCCCCCUCUUCCUCCUUCCCUGGCCGCUUCGGUUGGCAGCUGCGGGAUGACGUCAGCAGCCAGGUUUGGGACAGUUGCUAUGGAGACAGGGGCAGGCUGAGGAACGACCCUCUCCUUGCUGCCGCCCCUUCCUGGGUUAUUUUUAGCGUCUGUUUACCUCGGUCAGGGGUGGCCCAAAGGUUGGGCGGGACUGGAGGAGGGGGACUCCGGAGAGGCGACUGGCCUGGCAUGUUCCCAGUGAGCCAGGGCGGGCAAGUGGCUGCAGUUUCUGCCCCCACACUAGUGUGCCAGUCUUGGUUCAUGGGGAGUAUUAGGGUCUAGAAACUGAGGUCAUGCAGGUGUGAGCUGGCUUCUGCAAGCCCCCUAACCUUUAGAACCUGGGACUUAGAUUCUUUGCCAUGUCAACAGACUGCUGGGGUGCUUACUUCAGCAGCACAUGUACUAAAAACCUACUGUAGGGAUGCCAUGUGCUUAGAGACCCCUGCCUCUUAUCAGCCAGUCACAGCUGGGUGUGGUGGCCCAGGCCAGUAAUUCUAGCACUGGAGUGCUAGAAAAGAGUGGAAAGAUCCAGCCCAACUUUGGCAAUUUAGCAACUUAGUAAGACCCUGCCUCAAAAUAAAAACAAAGGGCUGUGGAUAUAGUUCAGUGAGAAUUUCCUAUAUUGAAAAAAAUAAAAAGAAAAACAGCCCCCACUGGCUGAUGUGGCUCCUCUUCCUUAGUUGAGAUUCAGCCCUUUCCAUUCACUCCCAGCAGGGUAGAUCCUGUCUAUCUACCUCCAACCAACAGUUACACAUACUGGUUCCUGUGGGACUAGGAGGUACGUGGUGGCAGCAGCGUCACAGCCAAAGAAAGAAAAUCGAUGGGGUGAUUCACAUACUCUUGAGUCCAGAAACACAGGGCACCUCCAUCCUGUCCCAUCUCUAGGAAUCAGAAUCUCACUUGCUGAUAUAUUAUAUAAUUAGCAAGUGGGGAAAAGGAGAAUCAUAGAUUGGGUAGGGAGGGUAGCCAGGGUGGACACAGACUUGAAAUCUACCCCAGCUUCCCCACUCAGCUCCCUCCCCCUUUCAUCUAGGGGCUCAGGCCCAGGUGGAAGGCCAGGUAGCUGUAAACCAAGCAGACAGGCCCCAGUCCCCACACAGUUCAGUCUGGUGGGAACACAGAUCCUAAAGGAGAACUCACAACUGAGUUACGUGUCUUUGGGGAUCAGUGGGAGGAAGCUACAAGAGGCACCAAAACGGGGAGCCAAUUCAGAGCAGGCUUCCUUCUGGAGGAAGUUAGAAGGUCAAACUUGAAGGACAGGGGAUUGGUUACACCAAGAACAGAGGCAAGAGGGUAUAGGAACAAUGAGGGAUGCUGAAGAACGCAGUUAGGUGUGAGAGGGUAUUGCAGUUGUUAGAAAUGAAAGGGAAGGGGUAGGCCAAGAAGAGCCCUGUGGGCCACAUGAUAGUCUGGGCUUUACCUUGGGGAGAGGGUAGCUGUGAAUGUUCCACAAAGGUCUGAAUAAGAGGGAUACUAGAGAUUUACAGUCCUGGGCUGGAGAUGUAGCUCAAUGGUAGAGUGCUAAUCUAGCAUAUGCAGAGCCCUGGAUUGAAUCCCCUAUGCCAAUAAUUAAUAAAUAGAUAAAUGCUGUGGUUUAAAAAAGAAGAGAUUUACAGUCCUGUUGGGUCUAGUGGUGCAUGCCUGUAAUCCCAGCACUCAAGAGGCUGAGGCAAGAAGACCUUUGAAAGUUAGAAGCCAGCCUGAACUACAUAGUCAGACCUGAAUCAAAAAGAAAAAAGAUUUAUAGUCUUUAGUGAGAGACCCUGACUUUGAAUCCUGGCUCUGCCACUUAUCAGUUGUGUAACCUCAGGCUAAUUAAUAACAGUAGUAAUAAUAAUAAUUAUUAUCUGUUGUGCUAAUAGUGAGGUAGUAUGUACCCCAACUUCCCUAACCCACACACAAUUCUUUCAUUCUUAAGCACCCUUCAUAGAACAAGGUCUCACAUACACACACACACACACACACACACACAUAUUUUUCUUGUUUUUAUUUUUGUUGUUGUUUUGGGACCGAGGACCUUACACUUGCCAGGCAGGUACUUAUGCUACAGAGCUAAAAGCUAAAUCCCCCCCCCACACACACACACACUUUUUGAUACAGGGUCUCACUAUAGGUUGGCUUUGAGCUCACUGUGUAGUUCAGGCUGGCCUUGAACUCUCAGCAAUUGUCCUGCCUUGACCUCUGAGGUUUUUUUUGUUUUUUUUUGUUUUUUUUUUUUUGAUUUUUCCUUUUUAUUGGUACCGGGGAUCGAACUCAUGACUGCCUGCUUGCAAGGCAGGCGCUUAUGCCGCUGAGCUAAAUCCCCAGCCCCCCUGCCUUGACCUCUGAGUGGUGGGAUUAUAGGUAUGCACCACCAUGCCUGACUUAUCCUCAUCUUACGGGUAUCUGAAGCCCAAAAGUUUAAGAAGUUAUCUUGUCCAAGGUCAUAUAGCCUGUUAGCCUCAAAUUCUUGGUUGUGAAGCAGAGCUAACUGUAUUUAAACUUACAAGAUUGUUGCUGGAAUUAAAUGAAAUGGUGUCAAAAAUACCAUGUUUAUUUUACCACUUUAAAAAAUGAAAUGGUGUCAAGUACAGUAGGCACAAAAAAAAAAAAAAAAAAAAAAAAAAAAAAAACAGCAUUUUUUUUUUAAGCACAGCAUUUUGGCCUUGUCAGGUUAACUAGAAUUUCCAGAUGAAAGUGUUGUUACUGAGUAAAGAAUGGAUCAUUGCAGGUGGGAAGGAAGAUAAAGAGCCUAUUUUAUUAGGAUGCUGUUGUAAAGUUCUAGAGGAGAAAAGGUCAUGGACCCAAAUUCUAACUAUAGGGAUAGAGGUGAAGGAGCAAAUUCCAGGUACAUUUGAAAGCUGACCUGGGAGGAAUGAUUAACUAGUUGGAUGUGAGGGGAAACUGACCAAGAUGCCCAGGAGGACUCUUGAACAAUUAGGCACACAGGUAGUGAGGCUGCUGUGGACAGGUUAAGAGUAGGGAGAGAGGGGCUGGGAAUUUAGCUCAGCGGCAUAAGCGCCUGCCUUGCAAGCAGGCAGUCGUAAGUUCGAUCCCCAGUACCGAUAAGGAAAAAGACAAAAAAAAAAAAAAAAAAAGAGUAGGGAGAGAGCUGAGUAUUAUGGCACAUGCCUAUAAUCCCAGCACUCUUGAAGGCUGAAGCAGGAGGAUCAAAAUUUGGAGCCUUGGGAAAUUUAAAGACUUAGUACAACCCUGUACUAAUACAAAUUAAAAAGGGGAGUGCUGGAAAUGUAAUUUUGUAAUUCAGUGCAAAGGCCCUGAGUCCAACCCUUAUACCGAAGUGGAUGAAGACUAUGGAGAAAAGUGGUUUGAGGAGAAAAGUGGUAAAUUCACUUUGGGGACUUUGAACCAGCCAUCCUCUUACAGCUCGCUGUGCACUGUCAGCUUGUAGGGAGACAUCUAGCAAGCAGUUGGAUAAGCAGCCUAGUGCUCACAAGAGUGGUUUGGGUGAGGGACAGGUAAGGAAGCUGGUAGCAUUCAGAUGGCAUUGAGCUAAAGCAGGAAGACUGCAGCCCAGCUAGGGAUAAGGAAAGGGACAGAGCACCUGCAGGAAAAGACAAUGUGCCCUUGGAGAGAUAAGUGGAAAACCAAGAGUAUGCUGCGUCUUGAAACUCAAGGGAAGGAAAGGCUUUGGGAAGAGGAAUGGAGCCACCAAAAAAGCUUUACUGAGUGCUGGGUGUGGUGGUGCACUCCUAUAAUCCUAGCACUCUGGAGGCUGAGGCAAGAGGAUCACCAUGAGCUACAUAAUGAACUCAAGGCCAGCCUGAACUUCAUAAUGAGAUCCUGUCUUUAAAAAACAAAUAUCUAACCUUUACUGAGAUCAAGCAGGAUAAGGACUAAACAUUUGAUUUGGGGUUGAUUCAGCAGCAGAGAGGUCUCUGGUGACCACAGGGGUAUGCUAAAUGCAAAAGGCUGACCAAAAUGGGAAAAGGAGUAGAUGGGUGUGGUGAAGAAAUUGGAGGUAGACCACUCUUCCAGAAAUUUGGCUCAGAAGGGCGUGGAGAAUAGUGGGUGUGGCACAAUGCCUGUAAUUCCAGUUGUCUGUAAUCCUAGUGCUCUGCAGGCAGAGGCAGGAGGAUCACUGUAAGUUCAUGGCCAGCCUGAACUACAUAGUAAAAUCCUGUUGAAAGAAAGAAAGAGGAAAGGAAAGAAUGAAUGUGGUAGGUAGGACAAAGUACAGGGCCCACAGUGGGGUUUUUUUUGUUGUUGUUGUUCUUCAUCUUUUUUUUUUUUGGUAAUUACUUAUUUACUGUAUAUGUGUUGCUACGAAUCAAACCCAAAGACCUGAAACAUGGUAAGUACACAUUUUGCCACUGAGUUAUACCCCCAAUAGUAGUAAUUUAUUUAAACCCAACUGUAUAUUGAAAUAUGUACAGAAAAUAGCCACCUACAGUGAUGCAUGCUUGUCCCAUGCUAGCUACUCAGGAGGCUGAGGCAGGAAAUUUCUUGGAGUCUAGGAGUUCAAGACCAUCCUGGGUAAUACAGUGAGACUCCAUCUUUAAAAAAAUGUAUACAUGCAAUACACACAUCAAAUCCAUAAAGUGUUUAUCUACUAAGUGUACAGCUUGAUCACAUUUUUUGCAACAGAACACACCCAUGCAGGAUCAGGAAACAGAACCCAGAGUCGGAAAAGGAACAUUGUCAGCACUUUGGAAGACCCUUUGUGCCCACUUCUAGUUACAAAAGCCCAAAGGGAACUACUAGUCUGACUUGUGUGGCCAUAGAUUACUUUUGCCUACAUUUGAGCUUCAUUAUCAAGGCAGUCAUAUCCAUGCUGUCUUUUGCUUCUUUCACUCAACAUUAUGUCUAUUGUCACGUCAUAUAUUUUUCAUUCUUUUUUUGCUAUAUAAUUUGUUAUUUAUUGAUGGGCAUUUUUGUUUGUUUGUUUUGUUUUUUUUUAAUUGGUACCAGGGAUCGAACUCAGGACAGUGUGCUUGCAAGGCAGGCACUUAUGCCACUGAGCUAAAUCCCCAGCCCUAUUGAUGGGCAUUUGGAUAGUUUCCAGGUUGUUUUCAUGUUUUAUGUGACAGUAGCUUGAGUUUGUUGGUGAUUUGUGGACCAAAUCUGAAACACAUCUUCUGUGGGAAGGGUGCGGGGAUGGGGUCAUACAGAAGGAUUUAUCAGGUGGAAAGUAAGAGCCUGGCUGAGGUUGAGAAUUGUUCUGUGGUUCCAACCAUGCUGCUGUGCCAAGACCCUUGGCUACCGGCUGUGUGCAGGUGCAGUGAAGACACAGAGUUGGGUUGCAGGAUUGGUUUCUGCCAGGUAGCAGAGGCAUGAAAGCUGAAGAAACUAGUAGCAAACAAGUGAUGAUGGAGAAGUGCUGUAGAUGCAGGCUGGGAGGAUAUGCAAGGAAGAUAGGGAAGAGAAGGUAGGACAAAGCUGGCAGAGAGGAAGAAAGCAGAAUUGGACUGUGAGCUCGGUACAGGGUGGUGUCUGAAAUUAUGGGCAGUAUUUCCAGUGACUGGCACAUGCUUGGCACAGGUUGUCAUCAGUGAAUAGUUGAAUAAGACAACUUGAUGACUGCUAGAGACCAGAAGUCUCAGGUAAAAAGGUAAGGAGGUGGAGUGCUGGAAAGAGCCAAGAGGUUGUACACAGUGUCAUGACUUAGCAAAGGGGCAAUCCACGACAGGUGGUCAGGCUAUGGUGUCCCUUGUGGAGAUGGCUAACAGAAGCAGAGAGGCUGUUGUUGGAUGUCAAUCCAAUGGAAAUGUAUGGAUCACCAAUGCAUACAUGGUACUCAGUCUUUAAGGAGGAUAGCACUUCUAAAACUGGGCUCCUUCAGCCUCUUGUAGCUAAAUCUGCAGAGGAGUUGGCGGUUUUAUUGCAAAUGCAGACCCUUAGUCCCUCCUGGGUUUGUAGAGAAAGAAUGCAGUGUGGCAAAACUAGUCUUCAAGAGGCAAGAUUAUUUAUGAGGUGGGGGGAGCAUCCAGCCCUUCCAGGGUCAGAGGAUGGGGUGUCUCAGUCAACCCUGCAUGCUGGGGGUGGAGAAAGGAUAUUCAAGAAAGAGAUAUAGGAGGUGGAAAAGAGCCAAAGAAAUUCAAGGCCUGAGUAGCCCAUGUGAGCUGUGGGGCUAGAAGAAUGGGAAUCUCAGCCCUGGGAUGCAGCUUCCACUAGAGGAGGCCCUGGCUAGGCAGUGGGACCUGAUUAUUUCCCCUGGGCCUGGGAGGAGAGGGAGUGUCCAGCACUCCUCUUGUAGGUGUAAGAGUGGGAGGGGUCCAAGCACCCCUCUUGUAGGUGUAAGAGUGGGCUGGUGCAAAGGACUGUGGGAUUCUCUGCACCACUUCCAUCUUUGCAUCUUUCUUGGGACAGCAACUCAUAUGAAGUUGACCUGGUCUCACAUUUUCAGCUCCUCUCAUUCUUAGCUUCCCAGACCCCUCGUGCUGAGCACCUACUCUUGGCUCUCUUUUGAUACAAUUCCAACACUUGGAAUCCCCAGGCCCUACUCUCCAAACUUUGUGCACUUAGAACCCCAACUCUAAGCCCUCUGUAUGUUCAGACUUCUCUCAGGACCCCUCAACAGCCAGCCACUCUUAAGAGUUUGCUGCAUUCUGUGCCCUCCUACACCGUUAUUCUAUCCAUCUCUGUAUUUAUCAUGACUCUAUUUUCCGCUGGACGUCUCCCAGAGGGGAACCACUCUGGCCUCCAUUUGGGAGGCCAAAUGGGUCCAAGCCUGUGCCCCCCUAGUCCAGCCUGUCCCGCCCAUCCCGGCGGGCUGAGUCAGGAGGCAGGAACUGGGCGGGGGGAGGCGCCAAGCGGAGCCAAAGCCCAAGCCAAAGUUGCUGGACACUAGCGCGGAGCCCAGCAGGCCAGCACCAAGUGGCCCUGGGCCGGCAGGGGCGCGGGGCACAGAGAAAGCACAGGUUGAGGCCAUCCGGGGACCUACCAUGGACGUGAAAAAGAGAGGGAGCCCCGCGCGGACUCAUUCUAUGAUGUCCUUGUCGGUGAGGCCGCAGCGCCGCCUGCUCAGUGCCCGGGUCAGUAGGAGCCAGUCUUUCGCAGGCGUCAUCUGCAGCCACAAGCGAGUACCCAGGAGCUUCCUGGUCUUCAGCCCGCCGCCGCCAGGGCCCCCACGGAAGGCCCCAGCGCUCUCUCGAGUAUCCAGGAUGUUUGCUGUGGCCCACCCAUCCCCAAAGGUGCCGCAGCCAGAGCGGCUGGAUCUGGUGUAUGCGGCACUUAAGCGGGGCCUGACAGCCUACUUGGAAGUGCACCAACAAGAGCAAGAGAAGCUCCAGGGGCAGAUAAAAGAGUCUAAGAGGAAUUCUCGGCUGGGCUUCCUGUAUGACUUGGAUAAGCAAGUCAAGUCCAUUGAACGCUUCCUACGACGAUUGGAAUUCCAUGCCAGUAAGAUCGAUGAGUUGUAUGAAGCAUACUGUGUCCAGCGGCGUCUCCGGGAUGGUGCCUACAAUAUGGUUCGUGCUUAUAGUACAGGGUCUCAGGGGAGCCGAGAGGCGAGGGACAGCCUAGCCGAAGCCACUCGGAGUCAUCGAGAAUACACAGAGAGCAUGUGUCUUUUGGAGAGCGAGCUGGAGGCACAGCUGGGCGAGUUUCAUCUCCGGAUGAAAGGGCUGGCUGGCUUUGCCAGGCUGUGUGUGGGUGAUCAGUAUGAGAUCUGCAUGAAAUAUGGCCGUCAGCGCUGGAAGCUACGGGGCCGCAUUGAGAGUAGUGGAAAGCAAGUGUGGGACAGUGAAGAAACUGUCUUUCUUCCUCUGCUCAUGGAAUUCCUGUCCAUCAAGGUGACAGAACUGAAGGGUCUGGCCAACCAUGUAGUUGUGGGCAGUGUCUCCUGUGAGACCAAGGACUUGUUCACCGCUCUGCCUCAGGUUGUAGCUGUGGAUAUCAAUGACCUUGGCACCAUCAAACUCAGUCUGGAAGUUACAUGGAGCCCCUUUGAUAAAGAUGACCAACCCUCAGCCACUUCUACUGUCAACAAAGCCUCCACUGUCACUAAACGCUUCUCCACUUAUAGCCAGAGCCCACCAGACACACCCUCACUUCGGGAGCAGGCCUUCUAUAACAUGCUAAGGCGACAGGAGGAGCUAGAGAAUGGGACAGCAUGGUCCCUGUCAUCCGAAUCUUCAGAUGACUCAUCCAGCCCACAGCUAUCGGGGUCUGCCCGACAUUCAUCAACCCCCAGACCUCUAGUGCAACAGACUGAGCCCCUGCCCAUCCAAGUUGCCUUCCGAAGGACUGAGACUCCUAAUGCUAAGCCCAUGGAUAAGGAGGGGGCCACAGGCCCAGCACUGGCCAAUGGGCAUGCUCCCUACAGCCGAACUCUGAGCCACAUUAGUGAGGCUAGUGUGGAUGCUGCCCUGGCUGAGGCUUCAGUGGAGGCUAUGAGCUCAGAAACCCUAGCCCGGGAUUGUAAUCCACCUACGCACCCAGAUCCCACCCAUGGGGAGCACACUAGUCAAGUUCCCCUUACCCUCAACAUGGGCUGUUCUGCCACAAGCCCCACCUUCAGGACAUCCAGUCCUGCUCUCACAUCCAUAGAUCCUGUCCCAUCUGUACAUCUGGACUCAGUUUGUAAGGCCAUAGAUUCUAGCCCUUCUGAGCUGCCAAGCCCCACCUACACUGCCACAAGCUCUACCUGUGGUGCCAUAAGUCCUAUGAACAAUGCUCCGAACCCUACUUCCACAACUGCAGGUUCUAUCCAUAAGCCCAUACCCUCUACCCUCACCACUACAGGCCCUCACCCUAGUAGUACAGGCCCAGCGCAGACCACCACUAUUCCUACCCACACUACUCUAAGCCCCAUUCAUACCACUAUCAGCCCCACCCAUACUGCACCAAGUGCCAACCACAUUAUUGCAAGUUCUACUCACUCUACCACCAUCUCCACCCACCCAACUAUCCCAAGCCCCAUCUUCACUCACCCUACCACCCCAAUUCCCAACUCUACCUCCCCUACUACUUCAAGCUCCAGUUGUACCCACACUACUACUCCAAGCCCCAGUCCCACCCACUCUAUCCCAAGCUCUAUCCACCCAACCCCCACCCAGCCUACCCCAAACUCUACCCACCCUACCCCAACCCCCACCCACCCCACCUCAGGCCACACACACACCACUACAAGCUCUAUGCAAAACACAAGUCCUGUCUAUACUACUUCAAGCCUCAUUCCUGCUACCACAAACCUUACCCACAAAACAAAGGUAUCGGCUCACACCACUACAAUUCCUACCCCAAAUGCUAUGGCCUCAAUUCAGACCACUACAAGCUCCACCCUUACAACUGUAAGCCUUUUGUCUUCUCAAGACCUUGCCAUAGUCUCCAGCCCCUCUGCAGCCCCCACCCUCCCAGGCACAGACCUCUUGCCCUGUAGCCAGCCAGCCUCCACUUCCUAUACUCAGGAAGACCCCACAACCCCCAAUACAUUGUAUCCAAGUCCUGCCUGUUCUGAUGAGAAAGGCAUAAGUCCUGUCCCAGAUCCGGUCCCAGAUCCCUCAGAGCCUAUUACUCAGAAUUUAAGUCCCUCUCCCUCUCCCUUAGUCUCUGAACCCCAGCAUUCAGAACCUAGCCUGGCCAUGACUGCUCAAGCUUCAGUCAUAGGGGCAGCUGGAAGGGCUGGGGACAAGAGGCUGGAAGACGCCCUGGGGGCCUUAAUGGCUGCCCUUGAUGACUACCGGGGCCAGUUCCCUGAGCUGCAAGGCCUGGAGCAAGAGGUGACUCGGCUGGAGAGUCUGCUUAUGCAGAGACAAGGCUUGACUCGCAGCCGGGCCUCCAGUCUCAGCAUCACUGUGGAGCAUGCCCUGGAGAGCUUCAGCUUCCUCAAUGAAGAUGAAGAUGAAGACAAUGAUGGUCCUGGGGACAGAGCUUCUGGCUGCCCUACUCAUCUCUACAAUGUUUGCCUCCCCCACCGAUCCCCAGCGACUAGUGAGCCAUCUGCCCCUCUUUCACAUGGCCUCACCUUGGACCUACCCUGUGAAGGAGUUCUCUCAGUGCCUCCCUGUGCAUCCUGCAUCCCCCAGCAUCGGCCCCCUCUGUCUCGACCUCAACUCCUCCGGAGGCACCAGUCCCUCAGCUGUCAGUCCCAGAGUGAACUUUGCAGAUUUCCAUUUGAGAGUUGUCCCCGGUCCCUUCUCCCUCUGCUGCUUCCCAGGGCAGAACUCCCUGCCUUGCAUUCCUUGCAAUCCAUGUUUCACAGACAUCCCACUUGCAACUCUACUCCUGCCCAUCCAACUCCCAGGAGCCCCUGUGGUCCUAGCUGGAAGUGGCACUGGGAAGGCUGACCAAAGACCCCCACUGCUCCCUGCUGAUCACAUCCCCUUCACUCUCUUGGAGGUCUUUUGUGAAAUUACCUAUUGUCUGUUGUCUGUGCAUUGUCUGUUCUUCCAUUAUGGGAUGGGCAGAAUUUAAUAAACACUGUGGACCAGG